UUUAGGUUAUGUUAGAUAUUUGAUUACAGUUUAUUUAUAUAAAAACUUGUUCAUAAAGUGCAGUAAUGAUAGGUUAUGUUAGAAUUGACCGCGGGCUGUGGAAAAAUUUACACAUUAAAGUGCCUUAUGGAGACGUACAAUCGCUAUACUCAGAAGUACAACUCAAUGAACAACGCCUACAUUUCCUGUGCAAGCACAGGUAAAGCCGCUGUCCCUCUUGGUGGCACUACAGUGCAUUCAGCGUUUCGUCUCACAACUUCUCGCGUGACAAAACUCUUAUCCACAGAGAAUUGGCAAGCCUAUAGAAACAUGUUCGUUGGCGUCAAAGCUGUUUUCGUCGACAAGAUCAGCAUGUUAAGUUCAGCCAUUCUUCAAAAUAUCUACUACCGACUGCAGCAAAUUACCGGCAUAUACGACAAACCAUUCGGAGGCAUCCACGUGAUACUAUGCGGCGAUUUCAGACAGCUACCACCAGUACGAGCAACUCCAUGUUACAGCAUGCCAAUCAACCAACUUGGAGGACCAAUUCUGUGGCACAGCAUUGACUACUUUCCGCUGGUUCAUGUUGUGCGACAAACUGAUGAGCGUUUUUCAACGAUUAUGACCAAAAUUGAAGACGGACUUAAACAAAGUAUCGAUAUGAUCACACUUAUUGAGUCCAGACAUAAAACUCAGGCUUGGUGCAAAGAAAACGUGCCUAAUGCUGUCCGGCUGUAUUAUAGUAAUAAUGAAGUUGAUUCGUACAACCGAAGCGCAAUCACUAACGCAUACAGAUGUCUGGCACAUGAUCAUAUGCUUGGUUAUUCGACUGAGCAAGAGAAGACACAGUUCCGAGGUAAACUUCACAAGAUGACGGUGGCAGAGACCGAUGGAUUGCCGUACCUGCUGCCAUUAGCUGUAGGGUUUCCCUACAUGAUAACUUCUAACAUAGAUGUCGCUGAUGGGUUGGUAAACGGAGCUAUUGGUGCCUUGCGACAUAUCGAACGUCAGCAAUCAAAUGUGGAUGACCAUUCUGCAGAAGCAGGACCACCAACCAGUACAACUUUGCCGGCAUCUAGAGAAGAAAUCAUUACUCUAUGGUUCGAGUUUGAGGAAGCAACAACAGGCGCUAGUGCCAAAAUUAAAUGUCGACCUCACGUGCGAAGCAAACCAAAUACUUUGUCUCCCAACUGGAACACGCCCCGGGGCGAGUGA